GACGUUUCUCUCGCUCACACAGCUGUUGAGGUUGAGGAGGGAAGUUUACGCAGCUCUGCAUGAUAUUACUUACAAUUCAAAAGCGCGCGCCGAGAACACCAUGUAUCCCGAUUUGGAACGACUUGGAGAGGGGGUGUCCAUGCCUCUCAUGUGGUGUCGGAGAAAACACUUCGCGUAAUUUACCCACGAAUACACGUAGAGGAAGGCAGCUCUUCUGGAGUGGAGUGCUUUGUUUUGAAACACAGUACAGGCGACAGUGGGUAUUCUCCAGUUUACAGUUACGAGCAGCCAUCGAAACUUCUGCUUCAAGAAUCUGUUUUCAAUAAGGAUUGCUUCUGAACAGAAAACUUAAUGAACCAUACAAGGCUGUGGAUAUCAAAGUUGAAAUGUUACUGUAGGAAAGAAAGUGGAGACCCUGUGGCUGUGCGCAUUCUGGUUUCUCCCAAAGAAAGCAAGUAGCCUAUAUGGUUACAUGCACGUUGUGCUUUGUGAGAAGAGGACUUCAACCAACCGAAGAUGGUACGGCUUAUUCUUUGUGCUUUAAUAUUAGUUUUGGCUGACUUUAAUUAAAAAAAUAACUGUAGGCCUAUAGAACAUUCGUUUAUUCCCCACCGUUCAAAUGCUGGAAUGGCUCGUAGCUUUGUGUAUUGGGAUUCUGGUGGCCGUUAUUUGGCAAGCUUCGAAAUAUUUUGGUACUCAUGGCGAGCCAGACGCACUCCUCCAGGGGCUCGGAAUUUCACGGCGGCAAACGAAGGAGAGGGUCUCGGAGAGGUGCGUCUCAGACCGGGGGGUCCCGGUGGACGGUGCUAAUGCCCAAACACCGGACGGGGCUGGUGAGAAUAAAGUCCCCGCUGUUGCGCUGAUAUGCAAACCCUCGGCGCUGGCCAACUAUCUCCUCAAACACUGCAGGACUUUCAGCAAUUUCACAGCGUGCACUGGAUGGACUUGGCGGGCGAGUGCGUUUCUUCAGACCGUCUACGGCGCGUGCUGGCCGUACGAGAGCCCGGCGUAUUUCGUGCGGGACUACCUGCAGUUGAGCGACGACGGUCUCGUGGCGCUGGACUGGGCAGUGUCGGUGGCCGGUGCGUCGUACCAGAAACGGAGGAGAACCUCGAGUAAUUCCACGAGCCCCAUCCUCCUCAUCAUACCCAACUCUUUUGGGAAAAUCACUAGAAAUGUGCUGAAGCUCUGUGAGGUGGCGUUGUCCCACGGCUACCUCCCCGUGGUGUUUAACCGGCGCAGCCACAACGCCACCCCCCUCAGCACCGUCAGGCUGCAGCAGUUUGGCGACCCAGGGGACCUACGCGAGGCCGUGCGUUACGUCCGCUACCGGCAGCCCGUGAGCCGGCUGUACGCGGUGAGUGAGAGCACGGGGUCCGGCCUCCUCCUCUCCUACUUAGGAGAGUGUGGUUCAUCCAGCUACGUGACGGCCGCCGCCUGCCUCUCGCCAGUGUUCCGCUGCCAGAGCUGGUUCGAGAACGGACCCAUCUGGCCUCUACACUGGGCUCUGGUGACUUACCAGAGGAUAUGUCUCAGCAGGUACAGGACAGUGCUGGGUGAGACAGUGCACACCGACGCCCUUUUCUCCAGCUGUUCCCUGCGUGGCCUGGAGGAGGUGCUGUUCUGCCAGCCGCCUGGCCCUAAAGGUGCCCCGGCCCUAGCAGCGGGCACCAGCAGCAGCAGUGGGGGAGCCUGGGAGGCCUACUGGGAACGCAAUGAACCCCUCCGGGACGUAGACGAAGUCGCCAUCCCUGUUCUGAGUGUCUGUGCUCAGGAUGACCCUAUCAGAGGAGACCCCCAGUCCACCCUACCCCUGGAACUCUUUGAGAGCAACCCCCACUUCUUCCUGUUGCUGACCACCAGAGGGGGACACUGUGGCUUCAACACCAAGGAAGGGAGCGCUUUCUCUGAGGGAGGGACCUUUGGAGGGACCCCUGGGACUAGCUGGAGCCACCGGACCCUGCUGGAGUUCUUCAGGGCCACCACAGACUUCAUUGCAGCUGAGGAGAGGGCUAAGCAGGCUGCCAGACGGAGGGGCAUGGGGGGUAGUAGCCAGGGCAAAGCCUUCAGACAUCGUAGUGUUAGUACCUGUAAGAGGCUGCCCGCAUGCUCACAUAAUAUACAUGCUAUCUACAACUGGCAGAGGUCUUAUACACGAUGAGCUGGGGUGAUGAUGUUGGAUGUUAUGGAUGAUAAGGGAUUUAUAUUAUGGAUGAUAAGGGAUUGUAUCUGCAGCACAAGAGAGCUUUGCAUUUAACGGCUUAAUACUGAUCUGUGUGCAGCAGCCACCUGGGUAAUUGAUGAAACAUGGUUUCAUCGACACACACACACACAUGCUCAGAAUUUAAGGAUGAACACUCCAAAACAGUGUGUGUGUGUGUGUGUGUGUGUGUGUGUGUGUGUGUGUGUGUGUGUGUGUGUGUGUGCCUAUGCCCGAUGACUGUCCAAAAAUGCCCCUCUGGUCACUGGACUGCCAGUAUUUCUCUGAUGAGCCAAUCAGAUUCAAGGGGGAACUAUGCGUCAUGAUAUCGUGAUAUUUUGCUGAACUGGGUGGAACCGGUUGGGUUUGUGGGUUUUCCCACAUGUCGUAAUUCAAACUCUGACUGGUGUUCGUUGAAUGUAGCUGCAAUCUGCAACUUUGAAUUGGCACUGUUAGUGACAUGAUGAUUUUCCUGUAGUUUUCUAAACAAUGUUAAACUUGUGUUAAAUGAUGUGAAUGCUUGCUAAGGAACGAUGUAAUAAAAUGAAAAGAGGAGGGAACAUGUAUAAUGGAAGAAUUUCAUUUAGGUUACAUAUUGUUAUCUUUUGUUCAGACAUAAUUACAGUAACAUUGUGUAACAUUGUAUGAAUUAAAUAGUCUUCAUUUACUGAAUGUGGAACUUUAUGUAAAGUACUGUAUGUGUCAUACUUUGAACUUUGUGACUAUGUACAGCAGAGUUCUGUUUGUCUGAGGAUUCAUCAAACGCAUGGAGAGUUUUCCAUUUACACGUCUCCUAAAAUAGCUCUAUGCCCAGAGCGAUGCCACUGUCUUUGUGUGUGUGUGUAUGUGUGUGGUGUGUAUUCGUGUGUGCAUACGUGUGUGUGCGUGUGUGUGUGCCCAUGUGCCCGUGUGCUUGUGUGUCUGUGUGAUCUGAUUAGACGUCUCUCCACAGUGUGUCCCUACAGAUCCUCAUCCACUCAGACAGCUGCUACUGCUGGACCACUGGACCAACGCUACAGUUAACAUCUAGCCCUAACCCUUUACAAAAUACACUACCUUUCCUUGGUGGCAUUAUUCCAGGAUUACUAAAGGCGUAUCUACAUAACUAAUGUAAUUGUACCUUAUUGUACCAGAGCCAUAUGUGUAGUCUACAAUCGCUCCACUUUUGUAAACCUCUGCAUCACAGUAUGCAAACAGGCAUUAUGGUUGUAAAGUAACAAUGUGCACCUACUGUUGUAGAAAUAUUUGACUGAAAAGUAGUCAACUUAAAGAUAUUUCUCAAGA